AUGACCGCAGUGGAGCGGACCAGCCUGGAGGGAACCCUGCGAGGUGAGCGUCGCCCCAUUUCACCCGAGCCCCGAGCGCUUGAGACACUGGCCCAACCAGUAGGAAGUGGCUCAGCCUGCGGCCUGUCUUACGGGGGGCGAUGGCCGACAGUGGGCCUGGAGUCCCUGCCCUGGCGUUCUGCUCCUGCGCCUCGGCCCUGGCCUAGCCUUGCACACUCGGUGAGGCUUCAGUUUGCGUGUCUGUAUAAUGGGGGUGGCAGGGGCACCGCCUGCAGAGGAGGCUCCGAGGCAGUUCUUGCCAAAUCGGUGGCGGUUGCUUCUGCCCGGGCCUGGCGGGAAAGAGGUUGGAGGGGACCUCCGGCCCGCUCCUCUACGUCCUCCACCACCCCCCAUUUCCCCGUCCCUCCGCGCUCUGCUCCCACAGCCGGGGUCUCCUCAGGCCGCCCCACUCGCUGUCCUCCCUCCUCCCCGCCUUGCCUCCUCCUCUUCCUCCUCCUCCUCUUCCGUCGGCGCCGCGUGGCCGGGAGGCGCUGCUCGCGGGAGUCCGCGGCGGCCUGGGCCCGAGCGGAGCCGUCACGCCGGAGGCAGUGCCCCGGAUUCCUGGGAGCAGCGGCCCCGGGCAGGGAAGCCAGUGCACCCCGGCUGCCCUGCUCCAGAGCGGCCUGUCACACUGAGAAUUUCUCCAGGAGCUGGGGCGGCAGUGCUGAUAUUUUUACAGCAGUGGAGUGUGCCAGCGUCCAGCAGCUGUGUGGGAUGAUCGGCAGCGAUAUGUGGAGAUGGAUUGUGAUGGACAGAGACCCAGCACCGGAUCCGCCCAAACCCCAAGAACCGCUCCCGAUCCACCCACCCCCUGACCCACCCACCCCCAGCAGCAUCUGGCCCACAGGCGCCCGAGGUGUAGCCUCUGCUUUAGCCCUGAGCGCCUCUGCCUCUGCGAAUCCCUCCCAGCUUCGGGGAUGGUUGGAGGACCCAGAACUGCAAGCUCUUUCCGACUGCUGGGAGGACACCAUUGGAAGUCCUGCCCCUGCCCUCUGCUGCCAGAGGCCUCCCGUUCAUAGCAGCGACCCCGCGGUGUUCCAGCUGUUCACCUGCCUGCCGGGCAGACCUGCGCCCUUUGACCACGCUCUUUGUCUCCCAUACGUGGUAGUGCCCAGCACACAGUAG